UCCCCCUCUCUUUCGCAUUCUCUCUUGGCGCUUUGAUCUCUGCUUAACAACAGUAACGUCACACGGGGACUCAUACAGGAGAGUUUUGUUGGAAGUUAGAAAGUUUUGCAGCCUCCAGAGGGCUGUAGCAGUAGCAGCAGCGGCGGCAACGGCAGCAGCAGCCACAGCAGCGAGCAGCAUCUGAGGGACUCAGGGGGAGCGCCAGAACAUACUGACUCAGCCCUUGGAGUCCGCAGAAGAAGAGGAAGAGGAAGAAGAAGAGGAAGAAGAAGAACGGCGGCGGCGGCGUUGGUGGAGGCGGCAGCGGCGGCGGCGGCAGAAGACAUGGAACAUCAGCUGCUCUGCUGUGAAGUCGAGACCAUCCGGAGAGCCUAUCAAGAUGCCAAUCUCCUCAAUGACAGGGUCUUGCAGACUAUGCUGAAAGCGGAGGAGACUUGUUCGCCCUCCGUCUCCUACUUCAAGUGCGUGCAAAAGGAGAUCUUACCAUAUAUGAGGAAAAUAGUGGCCACUUGGAUGUUGGAGGUUUGUGAGGAACAGAAAUGUGAAGAAGAAGUUUUCCCCUUGGCAAUGAAUUAUUUGGACCGAUACCUCUCUUUUGAACCCAUCAAGAAAAGCCGCUUGCAACUACUCGGAGCUACUUGUAUGUUCGUGGCUUCAAAAAUGAAGGAAACUAUUCCUCUAACAGCAGAAAAACUGUGUAUUUACACUGAUAACUCCAUUAGACCUAAUGAAUUACUGCAAAUGGAACUGCUUCUGGUGAAUAAGCUGAAAUGGAAUCUGGCUGCCACGACUCCUCAUGAUUUUAUUGAACAUUUUCUAAAUAAAAUGCCUGUGGCUGAGGACAGCAAGCAGAUCAUCCGUAAACACGCCCAGACUUUUGUGGCUCUCUGUGCAACAGAUGUUAAAUUUAUUUCAAACCCACCUUCCAUGAUUGCAGCUGGUAGUGUGGUAGCAGCAGUGCAAGGUCUUCACCUUGGAAACACUAAUUCUUUUCUCUCUUAUCAAUGCCUCACACCUUUCCUAUCAAAAGUUAUCAAAUGUGAUCCGGAUUGUUUACGAGCCUGCCAAGAACAGAUUGAAUCUCUCCUUGAAUCUAGUCUUCGCCAGGCACAACAACACAACAUAUCUUCAGAAACAAAGACUGUUGAAGAGGAAGCUGAUCUUUCCUGCACACCCACUGAUGUUAGAGAUGUGAAUAUUUAAGGAGGACUUCAGUGAUUGGAUUUACUUGGCUGUUCCAGCAAAUGACAAAAGGGCAUCUGAGAAGGAAUUGGUAUCAAGAUCUCCCCAGAAAACCUUUUCUCCAGAACUUUUUAUACCAGAAGGGAAAAUGUUAUUCAUUCUUUUUUCCUUGCUAUUCCUUCCUUCCCUUUAUCAGUUUAGCAGGCAACCCACCCUCCCUAAUUCCCCAACUGUCUUAAAAAAAAGAAAAAUAAAGUAGUAUCUGCAUGAUCUCUAGGAACUUUGCUGCAUACAUAGGUGUAUGUAUGCAUGCAUAUAUGUUACAGACUAGGCAUUACAAGCAACACACAUCGCCAGGGGAGUAUUAAAUUUGUUUCUUGCAUAUUAAAAAGCCAACCAUUUUUAAAGUAGAAGAGGGUGUUUUUAGAUAGAUUUUAUGUGUUGGGUUUGUGUGUGCGUUUUCCAUUUUUAAAAAGCAUAGCUUUAAUGCAGUUCUAGGCUUUUCUCUAUCUUGCUUGCUUAUGCAUUUAGUCACUUUAUAAGUCAUCUGCAAAUGUUUAUUUUAUUCUCUUAGGUUUAGCCUCUUCACCUUAUAAAUGGUUAAUGUAAUCUUUACAUUAGUAUAUGUUAGCAUACAUCAUUAUUAUAUGUUAAUCUUCUCUGCCUGUGGAUUGCCUGUGCAUAAGCCUUCUAGAGUUCCACCUUAGCAUGGCCCGAGAAAGGCAUUAACAUAUGUUCCAACAAUAAAGAGAAAUUGCAAUAGUGACAUAAUAUAUUUUUGUAACCUUCCUAUUUUUUAUAGUUACCUGUGUAUACAUAAAACAUACUAGUUUUAACCCAAAAGAUACACAGCCUACUUAUGUCCAGGUUGAAUCCACAGCUUAUCUCUUAAAAAAAAGUUGUAAAACCAUUCCAUUUCAAAGCACUUUCAGUUCAUUAGGUAUAGGAAAUACUUCCUUUUUUUGUGUGUGGGAAUUUUUUCUUCAAAUGGAAUGGUUUGGAAAUUAUAUAUAUAAAUAUAUAUAUAAAUAUAUAUAUAUAUAUAAAGUGCUUGUGUGCAAACUUGGAAUUGCAAAGCAAGUGCAUUUAACUAUGGUGUUGAGGAAAGGUGUGUUUUUUGGUCUUUUUUUUUUUUCACCUGAACGUUGUAUUCCAGUCAGAGAAAUUGCAUUCACAAAAUUGCCAGGAUAUCUUCCUAACCUUUUUGAUAGAAAAGAUAUUUAGAUGAUUUUUUUUGUGCCAAUUCAUUUUGUUAAUAUAAAUUUAGGGGCCUAAAAGGUUUACCUAUAGAACGCAUAUUUUGAGAGUGGUCUCUAGAUGUUGUACAACUGAAGGCUUUUAAACACUAAAAUGUAUAAUUUAUAGUUGAGGCUAAAAAGAAUAUUUAUUGCAGAGGAUGUUCAGAAAGGCCAGUAUAAUUUGUAAAAUAAAUCGCCCCCUUGAUUCUAACAAAAUAAAAAAAUUCUUUUUACCCUCAAUAUUACAGUUUAAGUUCAUAUUCCUGAGGAUUUAAGACAUUUUAAGAUAGUUUCACAUUUGGCCUAGAUAUUUUCAAAAUAGCAUUAACCACGAGAAAGGACCAUAGUUAAAACUGUACAAUUGGUGUACUUGAAAAAAAAAGAUCUUAAUCCAGUGUAUUCCCCCUUCCUUUUUUAAAAUUUAGCUACAAAUAGAAAAUUUGCACAUCUUGGCUAUGUAUCUAUUAUUGUAGAAGGUAGCUGAAGGGACGUGGACAUAGCUGUUGAAGUUGAUGCUUGAGGAGAAUGUGAUGGCAAAAUGUAUGUGAGAAACUGCCGCUAAGGUGUUGAUUGUAAAAAAAAGAAAAAGAAAAAAAAAAGAAAAGUUUUAAAAAGGAGAAAAAAAAGGAGCAUACGCUCCCACAUUUUCUGUUGAGCUGCUAUGGAUAAAUUCCCAGCAUGAAUUGAAAAAAAAAAUUAACAUUGCUUUUCUGUAUCUUUGUCAUUGUGUUUUGCUGCUAUUUUGUGGUCAUUUUUUGUUUAUACAAUGUCAUUAUACUGCCAUGUUAUAGGUUUUAAAUUUUCUCAUAGAAAAUUAUAUUAUUGACAUCAUUUUUUUGGUAGAUUUUUUUUAUGUGAUCAAUUUUACUUAAUGUGAUUACUGCUCUAUUCCAAAAAAGGUUCCUGUUUCACAAUACCUCAUACUUCAGUUAACCGUGUUUAGAUCAGGUUUAAUGUUUGUUCACAAUGCCUCAUAGUUUACUGCAAACAGAAAUGCAUUGGACAUUAUUCUGAAUGGGUCUCGGCGAUUUGCAACUAAUUUGUGCUUAUUUUAAAACAGCAAACAUUUCAGAAGAUUGAGUAAUGUCAGGUUCUUUUGUUAAUGCGUUUUUAUAAAGUGGAUUCUUUUUCUGAUCUGGGGUUUAUUAUCAUAGUAGUUUUAAGCUGUGUUAUUAGCCACAUUUGCUAUAUGAAAGGUGCAUUAUAAUAUAACUCUUAUAUGCCUUUUGAUGUUUUCCACCAGAAAGGAUUCAUCAUGCGGUAUGAUAGGUUAUCUUCUGGAAUUAAGUAUUUUGUGUGUUUAAUCUGUUAUGAUAUAUUAGGGUUUUUUGUUGAUGAUGUUAAUUAUAGCAUAAUGCUAAUUUAAAACAAAAACAGAAAGCAACACCUCUAUAUCUCAAGUAAGCCAGCUAACCAAGUUGUACGGUGAAGAAUAAUCUAGUUGCCUGUAUGCUGCUAAACCAAAACAGAAUUAGAACUUCAUUUUGAGGGCAAUUGCAGUUAAGAUCCUACCUAAAGACAACAGCCGUGUAAUGCUACUAGCAGUCGCAGGACCCAGGAGGACUGGAUAGAUUCUGUCCACAUUUCAGGAACAUUUCUUACUGCUUACCUCAUAGACACUUCUGUUUGUGGCAUCUCUGUGUCUCUGAACCAACCAAGAAAAUUGAUGAGUUAAUGGUUGUUAGUUUUAUGACGUGUUUCACUGAGAAAUGGCAGCGUGUACUGCAGAUUUUUAAAGUAUUGUACGUACUAAAAGGCCAAAUGCUGACAAGCAGGUUCACGUGCCAACAGAGAUGCUUUAUUUGUCACAUUGAUAUAACAAUCUAUAGAAAGCCAAGCAAUUCAGAAUUGUACUUUUUAUAUAUAUAUAACUAUAUAUAUGUAUAUUGUACUUAUUGUCACCAUUGGUCUGAAAUGCACAGUCACCAACAGACCUGUAAUGUAAGUUUCCAGCAAACGAGAAAAACCUCCCCUAAAAGACUAGAAAUAAAUUCGUAAAACCCA